AGUUAUCAACUUGAGGAGAUGAUAUCUAGAUAUGGAUAUUUAGCAUUGGAUUCACAUGAUGCAGUUUUGGUUGGAUGCCCAUUAAUCUGUUUGAAGUCUUACGCAAGGAGAAACAGUUCAAGAUCCAUGAAAGAAUUCCACAGUAUGUUUUUUACACAUGAUUGAAUGCUAUGGCUCAUAGAUGAUUUGUUAACUAGUCAUAAGGAUGUAAUAAACAUUGUGAAGAUUCAUUUUACUGUGAAAGGAUUGGACCUCUGGAUACCACAGUAAACGAAAUGGAUUGUGGGCACUUUUGGUUCAUAUCUGUGGAAUAAAUGCCAUCUUAAUGAAGAAAUUUUGCUCGUUUCAGACUGUUCAAACAAAUCUCACAUUGUGUUUUGUGCAAGCCACUAGGUUGAACUGGACAAUGAAAGUGAGAUGUUUGUUUAGCUUGAAAUGAACAAAAUCUUCAGUUGGAUCUGGGACAUUCAGUUUUGGUGAUAAUUCUGUGUAUAUCAAACAAUGGACAUUUCUCUAAUGGAAUUUCAGGAAGUCCAUUGUUGGAGUCUUCUCAAACACUGUUACUUCAUUUUGAUCCCAUAACGACAUCCUAUCAUGCUGAAAUGCAGAAGGGAUAACAUGCCUGAUCCCUGAUAAGCAUACUUAAAGGAGAAUGAGUGUGAAAACCCCAGUUUAUUGUUUUAUUUUAUAUAAGAGCUAUCUUCCAUACUGAACAACUACCCUAAGGUUUAUAAGAACGUUCAGAAACCUUGUAAACAAAGAUGCAGAUGUUUGUAGGGGAGUGCCCAUUUCCUUCAUUCAGAUUCUCAGUGGUAACAAAAGCCAUGUAAUACUUUCUUCUAAUAGUUGUUGAAACUCCAUAUGCUUAUUGCUUAGUGCCAUUAUAGCCACUCCAGAUCAUGUUCUUCAGUUCCCUUGCAAGAAGACUGAUUUUAAUACUUGCUUUCAACUAGUUUGAUCUUCACUAGGGUGAUAAUUCAACAUCAAGUUGAUGUGCUGAAUGUUUCUGGUUAAUCGAGAAAUGAAUGCCUGUUUCUGCCAGAAUUAUUUGCGAGCCUCUUCCUCAAAUUUGUUGGUAGAGUUCUGUAGUGUUGCAUUGUGAUAUUUGGAAAUCUGCAGUUCCAGAAAUUUCAGCUCGGAACCCAAGUUUUGUUCUUGCAUUUACCUAGUUUUAAGGCUGACAGAGUUGCCACCCUGAGUACCCAUUUCCAAAUAUAGUGUUGCAUUAUGAUAUUUGGAAAUCUGCAGUUUCAGAAAUUUCAGCUCAGAACCUUAUUUCUAUUCUUACACUUAUCUAGUCUUAGGGCUGACAGAUGUUGCUGCCUCGAGUAAUCAUUUCCUAAUAUAGUUUGAGAUAUGGUAGAGGUUUUUAUCCAACAUGAUGUGUCCUCAUGGCUUGUUAUUGCUAGUGGCAGAAGGCAGAUAUUGCACUUUCAAGACCCCAUUGUUUCUUAGAUGUCAUAAUAGUGUGAGCAGAUACUUCACCGGUAAGUACAAAUCUUAAAAACAGAAGUUUGUAGAGGAUCAGCACUUUCUUAUGUCCAUGCCAGAUGAGUCUGCUUAUUUCUAUGCAACAUGUGAACAGUUUGUGCAGUUGAAUUCUUCCAUCACCUUCAAUCUGUAGAACAAAUGUUAACAGAUCUCAGUCUUCCAACUUUGAUGGUUUGUAAGUGGCAUCAGUUGAUUAAUUUGUUGUGAGUUGGUGUUGAAGCUUGCAUGGUGGUUUGUAUAUCCUGCAAGAGUUAAGUUGGUUGUGAGUGAGGUUUAUUGUGUAGGGAAAACGUUUUGAUCAUUCCAACAGUUUUAUAUUUGUUGGCAACUGGGUUUAUGAUGUUGGUGAUCAAUCUCUGCACUUCUAGUUCAUUCUCAUGGAUAACAUAUACAGAAGAAAAAGUAAGCACUGAUUUGUGAACAUUUUGAUAAAGUAAUAACCCAAGUGUAAAAAAAUGAUGGUAGCAAUCAUUGGAGCCAGUUGUCUGUAUUGAACUGUCAGUUACAUGGAAGGUGACAUUUGAGCCUGGAACAAGUGAAUAUUGUAAAUACUGGUGUCCAUCUGAUUUGCAUUACUGCUUUACAGAAAAAUUGAAAGUUGGCUAGUAUUACCACAUCAAAGAAUAUGCUGUCAGUUUUCUGUUUAGACGCCAGAUCAAGUGGCUUUUGUCAAAAUCAUGUUUGGGAGAUUAGGCAUUUUUGAAGGUUUUGUGGCAUCUGAUUAUAUUUAGUGUAUGUUGGAAUUUGUGCCGGUUGACUAGGUGGAAUUUGAAUUCACGGUUUCAUAUAUUAGAUCAUGUUGGAUAGAGAUACAGGCCGCCCUCGCGGGUUUGGAUUUGUGACAUUUGCAGAUCAACGGGGAAUGGAAGAUGCUAUCAGAGAGAUGCAUGGCAGGGAAUUAGGUGGUAGGGUAAUCUCAGUGAACAAAGCCCAACCCAAGAUGGGGGGAGAUGAUCCGGGGUAUGGUUACAGCGGAGGCUACUCAUCAGGUAGCAGGGGCAACCGUGGGGGAGGAGAAGAUAGGUCUGCAGGACGGUCUGACUGUUUCAAGUGUGGGCGCCCAGGGCAUUGGGCUCGAGAAUGCCCCUCUGCAGGUGGUGGUGGUGGUGGUGGUGGUGGUGGACGGUUUUCUUCACGUUCUAGGUUCAGUGGUGGUGGUGGCCGUGGGGAUCGCUUUGGAGGAGACCGCUAUGGUGAUCGCUUUGGAGGAGACCGCUACAGUGAUCGUUUUGGGGGAGACCGUUAUGGUGAUCGCUAUGUGGAUGAUCGUUAUGAUGGUGGACACUAUGGAGACAGGGAACGCAUGGACAGCAGGGACAGUGGCAGGUAUGGGGGCCGUGAUCGUUAUCCCAAUGAUCGGUACCCCCCUGGUGGGGAUCACUUUUCAGGUGACCGUUAUGGGGGUGGUUCAGAUAGGUAUCCCCAGAACGGAUAUGGAAAAGACAGGAAUUAUGAUAGAGAUGCUGGUCCAAGAGGAGGCAGCGACCGGUAUGGUAGUGGAGGCCCAGCACGCCAUGAGGGAGGAAGCUACAGGGACAGGCCAGGGCCGUAUGAUCGCCCCAGUAGGGGAGGGCGUCCAUCUUCUUAUGACCGCUAUUAAAAGGGUCAUUGUUUUUUCAGGACAGUUAGGUCUUUUGUACUCAGUUUCUUGCACCUGUUUCAAAUGAGAAGGCAGUUUUAGAUAGAACUGGAUUGAUGAUGUUGCAACGUAAUACAUUUUCGUGCUUAGUUUGUGCUUGUCACGUUGAAUGGCUUCUUACAUGAAUACUGUGGAAAGAGUUCUUUAACCUAUUUUUCUCGAUCACAGGGAUGAAUGCUCAUAUAUGACAGGGAGAACAUGCAGAGUCCAUAAUUUUAACAUAUUGCGGGGAAAAUGGUGCAAUGGAUUUUGUGCACUUCUCAUUCACACACCGACGUCUUGGUUUUCUAUUGAGAUCCUAAUAGACCUUUACAGCCAUGCUGACCAUCUUUGGUUGCGGCUGGGAAAACAUUUGAAAUUGCGUUACUGUGCGAGACAGUUGCAGGUUAUCCUUUGCAAAGCUAAGCAACUAGAGUUGAGCUUACCCCAAACAAACAAAAUUCAACCGGAAGUCAGGAAUUGGUUCACAAGAUUGUACCACGUCUAAAUGAUUCUCCAACCUUCAAAAGCUGAGGUUUGAUUUUUCGUUGCAGUCGGUCUACUACACAAAUGAUGCAGUCGAGACUCCACACAGAAGAGGUUUCGGAAUACAAAGUUUAGAAGAAUAGAUUAAUGGGGUGUUUUGUAUUAUGGAUGAGAAAUUGGUGGUUGCUUGUGAAUAAAUCCAUAUCACUUUUUGAUUUCAUGCAUCUCA